GAAGAGCAUGUGAAAGCCUCUCUCUUAUCUCACCACAAUCUUCACAUUCGGUGGAAUUUAACGUUAUUUCAUUCGAGUACAAUCCCCUGCGUCCCCGCCCCCUCCCCCUCGUCUGCGGCUCAUUCAGUCAGGGUUUAAGGUUAGGUUUUGGCCCACAGAUUGGGUUGUCACCUGUCAUACGAAAAAAAAAAUACCUUUCAACGGCCCCGAUUAAAACACUGUGCUUACCGUGUCAUGAAUGAUCAUCAACGACUUCCAACUAUGCGCUGUCGGUAAUAAUUUGAGCGUUAGAACUGCACAUUCGUAUUAUUAAAUCAUACAUUGACGUGCUGGCCCUAGUACUCGGCCCGAAAGCAGUGCUGAUUGACUGUAGGUCGUUUUGAAGAGUGGGACCCUUUUGCUAAUUAGUGAAGAGUUCUGCAAAUCAACACUAUGGAACCCUACGAUGCCAUUGUGAACCAGCCUGUGGUUAUUGACAACGGUUCCGGAGUCAUCAAAGCUGGUUUUGCUGGAGAUCAAGUGCCCAAGUGCUGCUUUCCUAACUAUGUUGGGAGGCCAAAACAUGUACGCGUCAUGGCUGGUGCCUUAGAAGGUGAUCUAUUUGUUGGUCCUAAAGCAGAAGAGCACCGUGGUCUCCUCAGUAUACGAUAUCCUAUGGAGCAUGGUAUUGUAACAGAUUGGAAUGAUAUGGAGCGUAUUUGGCAGUACAUCUACAGUAAUGAUCAGCUUCAGGCAUUUGCUGAGGAGCAUCCAGUUCUCCUCACAGAGGCUCCACUUAAUCCCAAAAAGGAUAGAGAAAAGGCAGCUGAAAUAUUUUUUGAAUCCCUCAAUGUUCCUGCCCUCUUUGUGUCAAUGCAGGCAGUGUUGAGCUUAUACGCUACUGGACGAACAACAGGUGUGGUCCUGGAUGCUGGUGAUGGAGUUACUCACGCAGUUCCCAUUUACGAGGGCUUUGCCCUUCCUCACAGUAUCAUGCGGGUGGAUGUUGCUGGCAGGGAUGUCUCACGGCACCUCAGGUUAUUAUUAAGGAAAGAGGGUUUGAAUUUCCGCACAACUGCUGAAUUUGAGACUGUCCGUACCAUCAAAGAGAAGUGUUGUUACCUAGCAAACCAGCCAUUAAAAGAAGAAACUGUGGAGUCUGAGAAAUUCCAAUACACACUUCCUGAUGGUAGUAAACUUGAGAUUGGCUCAGCCCGCUUCCGAGCCCCAGAGGUACUUUUCCGUCCAGAUUUAAUUGGAGAAGAGUGUGAAGGAAUUCAUGAAGUCUUGUUGUAUUCAAUCACUAAGUCUGAUUUAGACCUUAGGAAGGUUCUCUUCCAGAAUAUUGUUCUCUCUGGAGGUUCAACACUGUACAAGGGCUUUGGAGAUCGUUUAUUAUCAGAAAUUAAGAAACUGGCCCCUAAAGAUGUCAAAAUCAGAAUAUCAGCUCCCCAAGAACGCCUCUAUUCAACUUGGAUUGGUGGGUCCAUUUUGGCAUCUCUGGAUACUUUUAAACGGAUGUGGGUAUCUAAAAGAGAAUUCGAUGAAGAUGGUCACAGAGCAAUCCAAAGGAAAACAUUCUAGAUAUGGUAGUCAAUGGUAUGUAAUAGAUUGCUGAUAUCAAAUACAGUUUUUCUUGUGAUUAGCUUUGCUUUCCAGGUUUUAGUUUUUCAUAUUUAAUACAAUAUGUAAGUUAUGUAUCUGAAGGCUGUGAUCAGCUCAA